GAACGCAACGCGCGUUACUUUAAUAACAAACGUCACUAGUUAAGCUAACGAGGGGUAGCUUCGCAAUCGAGCUAUUCUGACCAUAUUUAGAAGCCGUUACAUUAGGAUUUAAAUGAGGGGGGAUGUUUACCCCCACCCCAGGUGCCCCUUAACAAGAGACCUCAUGACGUCCUCCAGAGAAGCCCGUUCCUGAGACUUGGAUAUGUUGCACCAGAUGGAGUCGGACUCAUCCAAUGAAGGACCGGAGGCAUCGAUGGACCUUCUCUCUCUCCCUGAAUCUCCUCCGUCGAAGCCCUCCGCCUCCGACAUCUCAGAACACGAGUUCACGUGCCACUGUUGCUACGACAUCUUGGUGAACCCCACCACCUUGACCUGCGGCCAUAACUUCUGCCGCCACUGCCUGGCCCUGUGGUGGGAGUCCUCUCGCAAGAAUGAGUGCCCAGAGUGCCGUGAGAAGUGGGAAGGCUUUCCUAAAAUCAACAUACUGCUGAGGGAUGCAACUGACAAGCUGUUCAGUGAGGUCGUGCAGCGGAGGAGAGCGGAGAUCCAGGCGAACCCCAACAUCUCCCGGAGCUUGCUGGCCUUCCAGAGGUACGGGGACAAUUUGGGUCGAUCCAGGACAAACCAGCACAAAGGAGCAGGCUUCUUCUUCUCCGGAGUCCUGACUGCGCUCUCGUGUGUGGCUGUUCUGGUGCUGGUGUUCUACUGGAGCAGCGGCGCGGUGGAGCCGCACGACCUGCUGAUCAGUAAACCAGUGUCUCACUGGGAGCCGGAGGAAGUCGUAUCCUGGCUGGAACACCUGGGGCCCUGGGCCCAGCUCUACAGGGAACCCUUCCAGCAGGAGAACGUCAACGGCAGGCUGCUGUUGAUGCUGGGGGACGAAGAGCUGUCGAAACCUCCUUACAACAUCGAGAAUCAGGCUCACCGACGGGCCGUUCUGGCGGAACUGGACCGGGUUAAAAUCCUCGGGGUCAAACCUCCGCAGAACCUCUGGGAAUACAAGGUCACCAACGCCGGGAAGUCCCUGUUCCUGCUGUACGCUCUGAAGCGCACCCCUCGCCUCACGCUCUUCUACUUGUAUAUGUUCGACUACUCGGAAACCUUCCUGCCCUUCCUGCACACCUGCUGUCCGGCCAUCACGCACAUCGGCCAGUCCAUGGAGAGCAGCUUCCUCAGCGCACAGCUGGAGCCCAGUUGGCGACAGUGGGCGGAGUUCCUGGUGAAGUACCUGCUGCUUCCGUACCAGCUGAUAGCGGAGUUUGCUUUGGACUGGCUGGCCGUCCACUACUGGACGUCUCGCUUCAUCAUCGUCAACGCCAUGCUGCUGUCGGUGCUGGAGGGCUGCGCCCUGUGGAGACUCUGGACGAGAGCCACUAUCAGGUCUCUGCCGCGCAAGAUGUGGAACCACUUGUGCAAGAUGUUGUCUCAGGGCUUCGCCUUCGCCCUGCUGUGGCCUUUUGUCCCCCAGUUCGUGUGCAACUGCCUCUUCUACUGGGCUCUCUACUUCAGCCCCAUCAUCAACAUCGACCUGGUGGUGCAGCAGCUCAUGCACCCGGAGACGCAGGCGCCGUAAAAAAAAAAAACACACACACACACACACAAAAAAAUACGCGCCCCAAAUCACGGCGCGCGCAGUUCAAGGCACAUGGGAAGAAAAAUAACGACAGAAAUCUGGACGCUGAGGAGGAGAAGUGUUUUUUUUUUAAAUAGCAGUACGCUCACAUGUCUGGCUUAUUUGCUGCUUCCUCGUCUUGGUCUCUCUUCCUGGACGGUCGCCACCGCGGAAACAAGACGCUCGCCAAGCGAGUGAAGGACCCAACCGAGAAGUUCAAACGUCAUCGGUUUUUAGAAGAACUGCGGCGCGUUUCCGGUGCACGGUGAGAUUUUUUUUUAAAAAUGUUUAUUGUUAUGCACACAAAACAAAGUGUUGAUGAAUGAUUUCUUUUAUCUUGGCACGAAGAUCCACAACCCGGUUUGAAUAACGCGGCAUCAUAAGCGUAUGUAAAUGAAUUUCAAUGGGUUCUCCGUGUGUUUGCUGCGGUUCUUCGGGACUUUCUCGGUGCCACACAAAGAAUUCCCGGUGUUUCGAGGGUUCGGUGACGUCAAAACGUCUUUCUUUUUUUUUUUCCGAUCAAAUGCGUUCAUUUCUGAAUUCACGUGGCACUUUAGAUUUGAACUCAAAUGUACGUUUCUUUGAUUUGAUCUCAUUUUUAAGUGGAAACCGUUCGUCGUUUAUUUUUAUUUUUCUGGUACAGCCGACAAAACAUUUCGUUGCACUUUUUGUUUUGUGUGUUUUUUUAAUUUUUUAUUCAGAAACAUUUUUGUUCGCAGUAUCCGUUUUUCAUUUGAUGGGUUGGGGAAGAGCCGAUGAAUGAAUUAUUUUUUUUUUUUUACGUUGUUCAUUUGCACUUAAAAAGUUCUACACUGUGAUUUUAGUUAUUCUAUGUUCUAUAAUGACAAAGGACAAAAUAAAAGAUUUUUAAAUAA